AUGCAAGGAAUGAGAAGAUCACCAAGGAUAAAUGCGAAAAAUAGAGAAGAAGAUGAUUCACAACCGAUUCAAGAAAAUGUAGCCCCCAAAAGGAAGAGGGUGAACAAGAAGUUAUUGGUUGAAGAACAACCACAGGUUGAACCACAAGAAGAUGAACCACAACAAAUUCAGGAUGAUGUACCAACCAAAAGGAACAGGGUAAACAAGAAAUUAUUGGAAGAAAGAAGAACAAAGCAGAAACAUGAUAAACCAGAAGAAGAAUAUUCAGAAGAAGAAGAUUCACAACACAUUGAGAAAGUUACAGCAUCAAAGCGAAAGAGAGAGAACAAGAAAGCAGAUGUGAAGAAGAAGAAGAAAAAUGAAGAGGAACCAUCAGGUAAAAGAAAAAAAUUUGAAGAAUCAGAAGAAGAGAAGGAAGAAUAUUUAGAUGAAGAAGAAUCAGAUGAUGAGAAAGUACCCGAAGACGGGAAGCCGGAAAGGGAACUGAAAGGUAGGCCAAAGGCGAAGGAAGUUAUAUUCAAAGGAGGUCCCAUUCCAUUGGUUGAAAUGGGGAGUUUUCUAUACAAGAUGUUUGAAUUAGAAUAA